CGGAGAUUGGGAUUCAUGAGGUCCCCAAUCACUUGUACAUCUCAGCGUUGUUCCUCAAUGUCAAGGGCGGAUGCAAGAUCUGACUCAGCCACAUGGCAACCAUCCACGGCGUCCAGGUCUCCGACCUGCACAAGAAGGUCUCCUGGGACGAUAUGAUGAAGGAAUGGAACAAGCGGUUCAUUGUGGACGAUGCCCCGACGCUCGCCAUCAACCGCCUCUUCGCCAUGGCUCAAGGCAACACACUGACACGCGAUUGGCUCACAAAAUGGCAAAAGAUAGUGGGAACACCCGAUCUCGAGCUGUCAUUUUCGCAUCUGCGUUGGGAGUUCUACAACUCGUCGUAUGCCGCCUUGAGCCUCACACUCGGUGAUCGAGAACAAUACACGACCGUCGCCGAAAUCAUCGACAAGGCUUGUGAGAUCAUCAAGACCAACCGGGCUGCUGCACACGAGAAGGCAACGUGGCAGCCAGCCCAUGUGGAGAAAGGAAAAUUUGGUCCUCGUCUGCAGCCCGUCGCUGCAGUCCAACCGAACAACAUUGUGGAAGACCCGACAGCCACCCCAACAUCACGUGAGGGAGAUCAGGUGCCCGCUGUCCAGCCGGAAAGCAAAAACAACUCCCGUGGAAAAGGGAAGGCGAAAACGGCAUCGCCGGCCGGAAAUGGACAACUCGUACCAUGGGUCAAGUUCAACUCGAGGAAAUGGACAACCAGUACCAUGGGUCAAGUACACCAAGAUUUCCUCGAGGUAGAUGGCUCCACAAGUACUGCAGCCGAUACGACGAAUCAGCUCGGGAAACUGAGUUGCACGGGAGGUGAGGCGACUCCACCUCUCACUCCAGCCUCCUACACAUCUGGGGAGAAUGCGGAUGCCGCGAGUCCUUGGUUCACUUACGAGGAUUACGCUGUCCACUUGGUCCCACCGUUGGACCAGCCACUCCACGUGCAACAAUACACCGCAUGCACGGUUUCACUAGCAUCGGCAACCGAUUCGGCAGCUUCGCCGCCAACUUUCGUCGGGGAUUCGACGUCAUGGUCAAGACUUGAGAGACUCGACCCGUUGACGUUCGCGGACUUAGAAUGGAUGCCCCUUCCCCCGACCGGUCCAUUGCCGAAACCGCAUUGCAACGUGCUUAUGGCACAAUUGCGGGAUUACUUGCAUAUCUUCGCUCUUGGAACAACACGAUGGCAACGACAGACACCCCAUGGAGUAUUUCAGCCACUAGGUGCCUCCCAGGCUCCCAUCAACUCACUUGAUAAUGUAAGGAAGAAGGAGCUGCUCGCAUUCGUGAUGGCUCUCAAGAGAUGGCGACACUUCCUCCUUGGGUGUCGUAGGUUCACAUGGGUCACAGAUAACAACCUGUUGACCUACUACAAGACGCAAGAUACGGUGAGCAGCACGAUCGGACGAUGGAUGUACUUCAUCGACCAAUUUGACUUCACAUGGAAACAUCGCGUCGGCCUCUCCAAUCGCGCAGUAGAUGCACUCUCACGAAGACCCGAUCUUUGCGCUAUGACACAUCAUGCCUUCGCGUUCGACGAGGAACUCCAGCGACACUCCAUCCGGGGCUAUGAGUCUGAUCCGGAUUACGCCACACUCUAUGCGCAGUUAUCUUCGGAUCACCCGUCGGCCAGCCACUAUCGCAUCGUCGACGGGUACUUGCUCCUCCACUCGCGAGGCAAGGACUUAUUGUAAGAAGAAGAAGUUGGAGGAGGAGGAGGAGGAGGAGGUGGAGGGAAAAGAAAAGAAGGCGAAGGCAGCGGAGAUGGGGGAUAUGAGGGGCCUCGGGGCUGGGUUACAGGGAAGUUAGUAAGCAUCAAGAAGGCUGUGAAGACCCUCCUGCAGGUACAGGGAGAGGGUAAGCCUGGCCAUCUUCCACGGGUGAAAGUGGCGUCAGAGGGUCCUCAUACCAGGCCAUUCUUACUGAGUUCAAGAAAGAACUGCUACUCAAUUACACCUGAUGCAUCGACGGCUGGGAUCGAUCAACUGCAACCACUCUUGUCUGCACCCCAUGGCUUCGAUCUGUCGAACCCAAGUAACCAGGAUUGGUCAGUGGUCACUGACCCCCUACAGAUUGCUGAGGGAAGUUCUGCAAAAGAUCUCAUGGAUAUGUCUGUUCCGUCGUUCAGUCAGUCGAUGCACACCAGGAAAAAUGUUUCCAUCCACAGUCACAGUCAGCUAUCCAGCCAGCUAUCAAGUCAGAUGACCAACCACCUCGAUCUGCAGUCAGCAGCAGUUGGUCUGGCAUCUGUGAUCACAUUUCUGGCCCUUGCAUCGCCUGGCUAUGCAUCAGUGAUGACAGAGGCUAUUUCCAAAGUUGUGGAUGUUGGUAGCACAGCGGUGGACACAGUGUCAGGAGAUGUAGUCACUGACUUCACCACAAGUUUCCAGAACGGCUUUUUAUCGGCAUUCCUUUUAAUCUUCUUCUCUGAGAUCGGCGACAAAACAUUUUUCAUUGCAGUUCUUCUAGCGACCAGGAAUUCCAAGAGUAUUGUAUUUGCAGGUGCACUUGGCGCCCUAGUGGUUAUGACUGUUCUAUCUGUGGUAAUUGGCCGGUUUUUCCACACCCUAGAUGAAGUCAUUCCCGUCAGUUUCGGCAACAUUGAUGUUCCCGUGGACGACAUAUUAGCUGUCAUUAUGCUUGUAUACUUUGGGGUUUCGACACUGAGGGACGCAUGGAACAUGGAAGAAUCGAAGUCUGAUGAGGAGCAGAGACAGGCAGAGUUGGCGGUUGCGGGAGUUGAUGGACAGCAAGCGGCUGUCCUUGCGGCUACAUUUGCCCUGGUGUUUGUUGCUGAGUGGGGAGACAAAUCAUUUUUCUCAACAAUAGCACUUGCAGCUGCGUCAUCACCUGCUGGGGUUAUAGCGGGAGCCAUUGCAGGCCAUUCGAUGGCUACCACGAUUGCGGUACUAGGCGGGUCACUUCUGAGUGGUGUUUUAUCAGAGAAGGUAAUCGCGUACACAGGAGGAUCGCUGUUCAUUUUCUUCGCCUUGCUGACAGUUGCAGAGAUCUUUCAACGAGUCGGCUAGAUACCUUCAUUGGUAAAAGGCUGGAUGCCGGGUAGAGAAGGGGGGGGUGGGGACGGAUGGGGAUACUUUUUUGCAGUCAACUUUCAAAGCCUUAAACCACCAGUACUUUCCCCAGCUAUUUUUUGAAAACGCGGCCAUUAACGCACCCCAUUUUUCAGGGCUUGGCAUGCCAAAUUGGAAAGGCUGGCGGCGCCAGCUAAAAAAAUCCAAUUGGGCACCCAUGCCAGUUCAACAAUAAUCAGCCCACAGCAGAAACUGAACAGGCUUGGCCGCUUGGAAGUACUGAUGGUUUCAACCACCAUGACCUUUCCCAGGCAAUGUCGAGAAUUGAAAUGUAACAUUCCAAAGACUUCGGAUGAACAGUGCUACCAGACCAAAAUGGCUGGCGACGCCAGCCAAAAGGAAAAAAAAGAAAAAACGCCGCGCUGGCGUUUCAGCAAAGCUUGGUGCGCAAGGGGAAUCCGCCUCGGGAACAAGAGGCUCAGAGAGGUAGUGGUGGUUUAAAGGUUAAAAAUUCAAACAAAAUUAUAAAAUUAGA